AUGGAGGGCGCAGAUACUGACAAGCUUAAAGAAACAACGCAUCCCUGGGAUAUUGUAGGUACCGGGACUCAUGUUUGUGCUGAAGCCAACUCACCCGAAAGUUGGGACAUGGUUCACGGCUGGAUUCAACAAUGCGUCGAUAAUCAUAACGAGUGUCGACGUGGAAGCGAAGACCGACCGUUUCCUACACGUAUCUUGGAUGUCGGUUCCGAAGGUAAUAGCCCUCGUCUUUGCGUACCCAACUCAGAUGAACGCGGUAAAUACGCCGCUCUGAGCCAUUGCUGGGGAGAUGUGAUGCCUCUCAAGACCACCAAGAGCACCCUUAACGAGUUUUGUCGAGGAAUCGACCUGUCCAGGUUUCCACAAACUUUCAAAGAUGCCAUAGUCGCCUGUCAGAAGCUGCAAAUCAGAUAUCUCUGGAUCGACUCCCUCUGCAUUAUCCAGGAUGAUGAGGACGACUGGGCCGUCCAAUCACCCAAGAUGAGCGACGUUUACCAGAACGCCUACAUCACCUUAGCCGCUGCAGCAGCCCAGAACAGCACCGAAGGAUGUUUCGUCUCGCGU